CGCGCUCGCAGCCUGCCGGCCCCGGGACCAGCCAGGCGAGUUGCUAGGUGACUAUGACAAGGUGAAAGCAGUGUCUGAAGGCUCCGACUGUCAGUGCAAGUGUCUGGUCAGACCCCUGGGCCGAGGCGCCUGCCAAAGGAUUAAUGAAGGCAACUCCAAAGCAGAGGACUUUUACACCGUUGAAACCAUCACCUCAGGGCCAGCCUGCAAGUGUGCCUGCGUGGCUCCCCCCUCUGCCCUGAACCCGUGCGAGGGGGACUUCAGGUUGAAGCAGCUGCGGGAGGCAGAGAGCAGUGAUUUAAAGCUAUCCUCCAUCAUAGAGAUGCUAGAAAGUGCUUUCUAUGGCUUAGACCUUCUAAAGUUGCACUCCGUCACAACAAAACUGGUGGGCCGAGUGGAGAAACUAGAGGAGGAAGUGUCCAGAAACCUCUCCAGAGAGAACAAGCCCUUCCCAGGGCGUGCGGCUGCAGCGUGGAGUGAGCCAAACACGAGGGACAAGGAAAACGGAUCCAGCAGCAUCUCCAACAGCCUGCCAGACGUCCGGAGCUCUCUGCAGAGGGAUGCUGCGGCUGCGUACGCCCACCCGGAGGAAAAGUAUGAAGAAAGAUUCCUGCAAGAUGAGGUGGUGUCUCAGCAAAUCAACUCUGUUGAGUCCCUGCAGCAGCUGCUCCCCGCUCCAGAAGCAGUGAAACCCAAGCAACCCUUCCAGAGGAAGAUGCAUGUGCGGAGCCGGCCUCCUUCCAAGCCCACCAUCGUUCGUGGCAUCACUUAUUACAAAGCCGCGUUCACGGAGGCAGAAAAUGACCUGGAGGAACAGGACGAAGCCUUCAGCGGGGAUCACACCGUGGAUUUGCUAGUGGAAGACCAGCUGCUGAGGCACUCCAGCCCAGAGCGAAGCAGCCCCACGAGGACGCCAACGACAGACGCCGCCCCCACACUGCAGCACCUCUCCCGUGCUGCCCCUGCGGGAGCAGAAACUGCCACCGGGGCUCUGCCCUUGUCCUCUGCGGCCCUGACACCGGCCCUCAGCCUGGCAGCUCCCACCAUGCCGAAUGCACUGCGUAGCACGGCCGCACCCCCAGCCACCACCACCACAGGGGCAGGAGAGGAACCAGCCACGUGGACAGCAGCAGCUGGGACCCAGGCAGGAACCCAGGCCCCCACAACUGCAGGGCUCCUGCCCACAGCCACCCCAGCUACAAUUGCUAUGGCAACCACCCCCGUCGACAGCUCGACUCCGCCUGUAACACGUGCUGUUUCCUCCACGAAAGCGGUAUCAGCGGCGACUACCCGCCCUACCCCGCCCAGGCCCAGCCUAGAGGAGGAGGAUCUGAGAAGCAUCAUUGGACGCUGCAAGGACACGCUCUCCACCAUCUCGGGCCCCACCACCCAGAACACCUAUGGGCGGAAUGAAGGUGCUUGGAUGAAGGAUCCGCUAGCCAAAGACGAGCGGAUCUACGUCACCAACUACUACUAUGGAAACACCCUGGUUGAAUUUCGAAACCUGGAGAACUUCAAACAAGGGCGCUGGAGCAAUUCCUACAAGCUCCCCUACAGCUGGAUUGGGACCGGACACGCUGUCUACAAUGGCUCCCUCUACUACAAUCGGGCCUUCACCCGCAACAUCAUUAAAUAUGACCUGAAGCAGAGGUUUGUGGCUGCCUGGGCCAUGCUGCCUGAUGUGGCCUAUGAGGAGGCCACGCCGUGGCGGUGGCAGGGCCAUUCUGACAUAGACUUCGCUGUGGAUGAGAACGGCCUGUGGGUCAUUUACCCAGCCAUCAGCUAUGAAGGCUUCAGCCAGGAGGUCAUUGUCCUGAGCAAACUGAACGCUGCCGACCUGAGCACGCAGAAGGAGACCACGUGGCGGACUGGCCUGCGCCGGAACUUCUACGGGAACUGCUUUGUCAUCUGUGGCGUGCUCUACGCCGUUGACAGCUACAACCACCGGAACGCCAACAUCUCGUACGCCUUCGACACGCACACCAACACGCAGAUCAUCCCCCGGCUGCUCUUCGAGAACGAGUACGCCUACAUCACCCAGAUAGACUAUAACCCCAAGGACCGCCUGCUCUACGCCUGGGACAACGGGCACCAGGUCACAUACCACGUGAUCUUUGCUUACUGAGACCCUGGCCACAGGACUCACGGAAAGGGCCCCGCCCCUGGUACUAUUAGUAUUUUGUACAAAUCCAAGAGGAAAUGCUGUUUUUAAAGUGGAUUGUAGAUCAGUCCACAGGCCAGAAUCAAGCCCUUUAUUUUUGGUGUAACCUUGCUUCUUUUUUACACUGACACUGCCCCAAGCAGGAAGGACGGGCAGGCAAUGGCUUUGGGAGCCCAUCUGCACGGGGUGGCUCCUGGGAAAGGCGCAGAUCCCGGUUCCUUUCUGAACAGUGCACCAUUGCGACGGAAGGGACACUAUAAAUACAGCUAGUUACUUUACUAAACAAAUGGCCCAAGCGUGGCAUGUGCGUGAUGGUGGCAAGGCCUGUCCGUUCUGGGGAUGACGUCUCUGGCCUGCAGAGAGCCACAGGCCUUAACUCAACAGUCAUUGGAAGUCGUGGCACCAGCAUUCUGCUCUGCAGCCUCCUUUGUGGGACGGGCCCACACCUGGCAUGAGCUCAGCCCCUCUGCCCCGCUGGCAGCAAUGGGCAGGAGGCUCAGCUGGUGGUAAAUAACCCUGGCUGACGGGCACCGGACAAGAGCCGUAUUUGCUUAACUGGCAUCUCCCUGGCAGUGGCUCAGCUUUGCCAUUUGGUCACAUUUCCCCGGAGCUGCUCCCUCAUUCUGCCUGGCCUGAGAGCAGCACAGUCCCACUAAAUGCUCCGUCCUAGCAGCGUAGCUUGGGCCUCAGGUUUCCUCCUGGCCUGCAGGUCCGUCUACGUGGUCCUGCCCCAUGUUGUUGCCACUCAGCCCGUCGGACACGUGCUGCUCUGCCAGUGGCUGCUUGUAUUUACACACGUCCAGUAAUAAACAGUCUUGUACCUUU